AUGCCUGUGCCAGCAUCGACCAAGUAUUGGAACAAGUUUGACAACGGGACACUGGGCAACGACGACUUGUCGCUCCCCAAAGCUACUGUCCAAAAGAUCGUGUCGGAAAUCCUUCCCCCAUCAGCAGGAGUGGCCUUUGCCAAAGAAGCUCGUGACCUGCUCAUAGAAUGUUGCGUCGAGUUUAUCACUCUUAUCUCAUCAGAGGCAAACGAAAUCUCAGAGAAAGAGGCAAAGAAGACCAUCGCCUGUGAUCACAUUACCAAGGCCCUGGAACAACUAGGCUUCACCGAUAUGGUUCCUGCCGUUCUCGAGGCAGCAGCCGAGCAUAAGGAAGUUCAAAAGGGUCGAGAGAAGAAGGCAGAUAAAUUUGCCAAGAGCGGCAUGUCCAUGGAAGAGCUUGCUCGACUACAGGAGGAGCAAUUCGCUGCGGCACGAGAACGCCACAACUAG